UUGACGGCUGACGGGAAACGGCUCACCGUGACCGUAAAUACACAAACCCGACACCUCAAUACUAAAAAGGCUUUGCGUUUGUCUAUUGGCCGAGUAUCGCCUCAAAAGCUUGAACCAAGAUGUUUUACACAUGUGGACCUAAUGAAGCCAUGGUGGUGUCCGGCUUUGGCCGUUCUCCUCCUCUAAUGAUUGCUGGAGGACGAGUGUUUGUCUUUCCAUGUUUUCAGCAGCUCCAGAGGAUCACUCUCAACACCCUGACUCUAAAUGUGAAGAGCGACAAAGUCUACACCCGCCACGGUGUCCCCAUCUCCGUCACUGGUAUUGCACAGGUGAAAAUCCAGGGCCAGAACAAGGAGAUGUUGGCCACUGCCUGUCAGAUGUUCAUGGGCAAGUCUGAGGCUGAGAUUUCCCACAUUGCACUAGAGACACUGGAGGGACACCAGAGAGCCAUCAUCGCCCAUUUGACUGUGGAGGAGAUCUACCAGGACCGUAAGAAGUUCUCCGAGCAUGUCUUUAAGGUCGCCUCCUCUGACCUGGUCAACAUGGGGAUUGGUGUUGUCAGCUACACGCUCAAAGAUGUUCAUGAUGAUCAGGACUAUCUUAACUCACUGGGUAAAGCCAGAACGGCACAGGUGCAGAAGGAUGCCAGAAUUGGAGAGGCUCAGUACAAACGAGAUGCUGUCAUCAGGGAGGCCCAAGCCAUGCAGGAGAAGGUUUCAGCUCAGUACAAGAACGAGAUUGAGAUGGCAAAAUCUCAGAGAGACUUCGAGCUGAAAAAGGCAGCCUACGAUGUUGAGGUCAACACCAAGAAAGCUGAGUCAGAGAUGGCCUAUCAGCUUCAGGUGGCCAAGACCAAGCAGCGCAUUGAAGAUGAGAAGAUGCAGGUUCAAGUGGUUGAGCGAGGACAGCAGAUUAUGCUGCAAGAGCAGGAGAUCACCCGCAAGGAGAAGGAGCUGGAAGCUAAAGUGAGGAAGCCCGCAGAAGCAGAGAAAUACCGCCUGGAGAAGCUGGCUGAGGCGCAGCGCCUGCAGCUCAUCAUGGAGGCUGAGGCUGAGGCCGAGUCCAUCAGAAUGAAGGGCGAGGCAGAGGCAUUUGCUACGGAGGCUAAGGGCCGUGCUGAGGCAGAGCAGAUGAGUAAGAAGGCAGAGGCCUUCCAGCAGUACAAAGAUGGAGCCAUGGUGGACAUGCUGCUGGAGAAACUGCCACUGAUGGCAGAGGAGAUCAGCAAGCCACUGUCGGCUGCCCACAAGGUUACCAUGGUGUCUAGUGGCGGCUCAGAGGUGGGAGCGGCCAAGCUGGCUGGAGAGGUGCUUGAAAUCAUGACCAGGCUUCCCGCCGCUGUGGAGAAACUCACUGGGAUCGACAUCUCCCAGGUUUCAGGAAAACCCAUCCAUGCACGUUAAGGAGAGAAAGAGAAGAGGUGUCACCAAUAUUCAGACGAAGAGCUCCACAUCUCCUCUUCGUGCCUGUAACCACUGUUGUUUCACUCUUCAACACUGUUCAUGCAUGUGUA